AUGGUGCGAAAAAAGCAGUGUGCUGCUCUGGUGAAGCUCUACGGUCGAGAAAUCACCAGAUGUUUGGAGCCAGUCUACCAGGAACCUGAGAAAGGAGAAUAUUUUGAAGAAUUACUCUCACUUGGAAGAAUAGAAGAGCUUAUAGGAGAAUUCGAGAACGCCGUCGAUUUCUCUAAAAAGCUUUUUCAAGAGCUGAGCGAAAGUCCACUCACAAGAGAUGAUGAAGAGAGGCUUUAUAAAAAUGUGAUGACGUACCUUCAAGCUUGUCUUCCCGGUUCAAACGUUCACAAGCUUCUUAAAUGUUCGGAUAGAACAAUGAGAAGAUCCCAAUUCAGCACAAUUCUCAACAACCUUGAUGGAUUUCUUCGUUAUUCCGACCCAGAAACGAUUCUUCGUUAUCUCGAUUGCUACCCACAUUACACAGAUGUUGUGAUCGCACUUCGACGAGAAAUUGAACAGAAUAGAAAUGAUGAGACGGAAGAUGAGGACUUCAUCAAGAAAUUGAUUCUGAGAACUGUUCCGAUGCUCGGAGAGUCUUCAGCAUAUGACAUUAUGUUCUCCAUACAUGAGAACACUUCGAACAAUUUAAACGAAGAAGCGAAAACAUUCAUUGAGAAUGUUCUUCAAUUAAAGCGAAGAGGUUUCAAGGCAUUCUACGAAUUCAUCAGUGCUGACCGUCGUCAAUGUAAUGGACGAAUAUAUAUCUGUCCCAUUCAUGAAUCUGCUACAGAAAUGCUCGUUCGCUUACCAGAAUUCAAUGAUUCACGAUACAGAAUGAUCAACAUUCGUUACGACAACAUUCAAGCAGAGGAAUCCGUCCCUCGUCUUGUAAUCGAGUCUGUUCGCCAUCGGAUUCACUUACAACGACAACUUUGUUUGAGAGGCUAUCAAGAAGAGCUGUGUCUUGUUGCUCUCCGUGGAGAUAAUACUAUUGUAACAGCUCCGACUGGUUCCGGAAAAACUGUAAUUGCUGCAAAUAUUAUCAAACAUCAUUUUGAAACACGAGAAAGGCUUGGCCAGAGGUACAAGGCACUUUUCAUGACUCCCAAUUCUAUGAUUCUAAAGCAACAAUCCGAUAGUAUAUCGUCGUAUUUAGAGCAUGCUUAUCACGUUCAAAUUGUUCAAGGUGCUGACAAUGUCCCAGUCCGAAGUGCAAUUCAAUCGAAAGAUUUGAUUGUAGCAACACCGCAAAUGAUUGUCAAUCUUUGCAAUGAACAUCGAGACGAGUUGAUGAAAGCUGAAGGAGUUGAGCAGUUCUUCCUAUCGACGUUCACAAUAAUUUUCUUUGAUGAGUGUCAUAACACAUUGAAAAAGUCUCCAUAUGCCAAUAUCAUGCGAGAAUACCACACUCUCAAAAACAUGGGAAAUAUGCCAGAAGGUCAUCAUCUUCCACAAAUCAUCGGACUCACCGCAUCACUCGGAACUGGAGAUGGAAAGAAUGAAUUGGGAGUCAAAGAGCAUAUCGCCAGUUUAUGUGCCAAUAUGGAUGUGAAAGAGUUGAGUGUUGUCACUGACAACCUUGAAGAAUUGCAAGGAUACUCUCCGAUCAUCCCGGACGAAGUAACCUAUUGUGAGCGUGGCACUGAUGGAGCAAUUGGUCUGUUUACGAGAUGGCUCUGUGAUAUGAUGAGAGAGGUGGAAAAUUUGAUCACAUUAGCUCUUGCUCAAGAACUCAUACCAGUGCAAAAUGGUCAACCAGGGCGCCCUAUCGAUGAUCGACAGUUUGGACCAAUUAAUGAGUUCCAAUCGGCACCAAAUGACAAAGAACACUCGGGAUACUUGAAUUGGGUUUGCAACGAAAUGAAUCUUGUCUCCUCGAAAAAAUUUAAUGAGAGCCGAACCAAAAUUGUAAUCAACGAAGCACUUGGAAUUUUAAAGGAGUGUUAUUGGACUCUAUCCUACAAUGUGAACUUCAAUCCAGAAGUCGCUUUGAGAUAUCUGAAGUCGGAAAUCAAUCUUCGAUCAUCUAACUUUACUCCAGAAAUGACAAGGAUAUGGGACAGGUACCAGAAUCAUUUGGUGACUACAGGAACUGCUGAUAAUCCAAUGAUUACUGAAGUCGAAAAAAAGAUUGUCGAUCAGAAUUCAGAUCAAAACGACUCAAGAUCCAUCAUUUUCGUUCGAACAAGAUAUGAGGCGACUAUUCUCAAUGAGAUACUGAAUAAGAAUGAGAGAUUGAGGAAUUUGGGAAUCAAUUCCGAGUGGAUCUCAGGUCUGAAUAAAUCCACAGCAGGAAGUGCUGAUAUAUCCGCAUCUAAGCAGAAACAAAUGGAAAAGUUGAGAAAAUUCGCGAGUGGAGAAAUUCGAGUUCUCGUUGCGACUUCAGUAGCCGAAGAAGGUUUGGAUAUUGCCAAGUGUAAUUUAGUGAUCAAGUACAAUUAUGCGACGAAUGAAAUCGCUCAUGUCCAACGAAGAGGUCGUGGCAGAGCUAUCAACUCAAAAUGCAUUCUUAUCACAAACAGUAUACCACUUCGAGAUCAAGAGGGCGCGAAUCGAGACAAGGAAAAUAUGAUGAACAAGGCGUUACUGAAAAUUCAGUCGAAUCCAUUCGCUUUCCGAGAAGCUGUCACAGCGGAAGCUAGCAAUAUCUGGAAUCGAAUCUUGCGUGAGGACGCAGAACGUGCACAACGUAUUGCGGAUCAAAUCAGUCAAAACGUGACAUAUAAUAUUCUCUGUAAAAAGUGCGAAGUCUUUCUUUGUACAAAUUGGGAUAUUCGUGCAAGAAACACGCAGUACUUGGUCUGUCGACCAGAAUUUUGGAGUCUCGUACGGAAAGUGGAGUUAUCACCAGCUGAUGCUGAUCGUUGCCAUUCCACUGGAAAAGUGAAGUGCCUUGGUCGAAACUGUGGAGCCAUCAUAGGACGUUUAAUAGAUAUGAAUUCUUCAGAAUUACCGUGUUUGGCCGCUGAAGCAAUCGUCCUCGUCGAUCAACGGAACACUAGUAAAAUGAUUACUAUCAAAAAAUGGAAACAAAUUCUCUCCAAGUAUUUUACACCUGUAGACUUGCGACAGUUGGAUAUUCAGAGAAUGAGAGAUGCAAUCCACGCACGGGCUUCGCUCAAUUUCGAGUUUCAUCGGAAUGGAAUUAUUGAGAAUAUCAACAGAGAAAUAUAA